UGUAAAGUUUGAGAUUAGUAAUGGGGGAGGAGAAGGAUGUUGCUCUGGAGGAAUCCCUUCUAUCUCCAGCUUUUGAUGGAGAAAAGAACUUCAUCAGGGUCACUUCUGCAGACAUGAUCAACGAGGCCAAACGGCAGUUGCAGUUAGCAGGUCCACUGGCAGUCGCGAACCUUCUUCAGAAAUGUAUACAGUUGACAUCCAUCAUGUUCGUCAGCCAUCUCGGAGCUCUUCCACUUUCCGGCGUCUCCAUAGCGACUUCCGUCGUCAAUGUCACUGGCUUCAACUUCUUGUUUGGAAUGAGCAGUGCACUGGACACACUGUGCGGACAGUCCCAUGGAGCAAAGCAAUAUGCCAUGCUUGGUGCACACCUGCAGACAGCCAUUCUCGUCCUCUCCAUCGUCAGCAUCCCCAUCUCCAUUCUCUUGGCCUUCACACAGCAGAUUCUUUUGGCGGCCGGGCAAGACGCAGAGAUCUCGAGAGAAGCGGGGAUUUACUGUAAGUGGCUGAUCCCAAGUCUCUUCUCCUAUGCCCUCUUGCAGUGCGAAACCAGGUUUCUACAGGCCCAAAACAUCGUCUUGCCCACGAUGGUGAGCACCGGAUUCUCCACGCUGCUGCAUCUUCUCACCUGUUGGAUUCUGCUUUUCCGAUCUGAGCUCGGCUUCAGAGGUGCUGCCCUCGCGAUUUCGAUCUCUUACUGGAUAAAUGCACUGUUGUUGGCAGCGUAUAUCAAAGCCUCUCCCGCAUGCACAAAGACAAGGGCUGGUUUCUCAAAGCCUGACCUUAGAAGCACCGUGAACUUUCUUAGACUGGCAACACCUUCAGCAGCCAUGAUCUGCUUGGAGUGGUGGGCCUUCGAGAUCAUGAUCCUCUUGUCUGGACUGCUUCCUAAUGCGGAGCUCGAAAUAUCAGUGCUAUCCAUCACCCUGAACACAAGCUGUGCUGUCUACACCAUCCCAGCGGGCCUUGGUCAAGCUACAAGCGCAAGGGUAUCAAAUGAACUGGGUGCGGGAAAACAGCAAGCCGUGCGCCUAGCUGUACAUGUCAUGUUGCUUAUAGUGGUGAUAGAAGCUGCAUUUGUUGCAAUAACCAUAAUUCUGGUUAGAUCAGUCUGGGGAUACGCUUACAGCAACGACACAGAAGUCGUCAAAUACAUAUCAGUUAUGACGCCGCUGCUUGCAACUUCAACUUUCAUGGAUGCAAUCCAGUCGGUGCUUUCAGGUAUUGCUAGAGGCUCUGGCUGGCAAAAGUUUGGUGCAUUGGUUAAUAUUGGAGCUUAUUACAUAGUGGGAGUGCCAGCAGCUGUUUUUUUAGCAUUUUUUUCCCAUCUAAGUGGAAAGGGGCUUUGGAUGGGAAUAAUGUUUGGGACUUUCACACAACUUGUCUUCUUUCUCUGCUUCACACUUUCUGCAGAUUGGGCAAAAGAAGCGAAGAAGAUAGAAGACAAAGUUCAGGUUCUCAGCUUGCCAACUGAGUGUGAAGAUCCUGUGAUGAAUGCUAAAUGAAAACAAAAUUAUUUUGUGCAUGUUGUCAAUAGAAACAGCAAACUACUACGAGCAAGAAAUGAGCAGUUAUGUCAUGUUCUCUGUUUAAAUA